AUUUUAUUUAUUUAUUUUUAGUUUCACUUCUUCUGAAGAAAGAAAUCUUGAGGAACCAUCAAGGGAUUUCCCGCCAAAUCCUAGUUUUCUUGUUUUGAAAUAUUCCUCAAUUUUGGUGCGCCGCCGCCGAUGGAGAAGUUCGUGUACCGCGGGAAUAAUUUUCCGGCGAAUUCGCCGGCGGCUCAGUCCAGAAGCUCGGAGGAUUUGGACUUCGACGACGUCUUCGGCGGCCCGCCGCGGCGGUUCUCGAUGCAGGAGGUGAAAGUGAGGUACAGUUUCGGCGGCGGAGCCACCGCCGCCGAAUCGGAGGAGGAUGAGGAGGAGGAGGAAGGCGGAGCUUCCGCUUCUUCGUCGUCGCCGUGGAGCUCUCGGAAGGAGAAGCCCGUCUUCGGAGAAGAGAGCGCGUCGCAGAGAAAGCGAAAUCCGGGCGGCGAUUUCUUCGACGAUAUAUUCAAAGGCGGCGGCGGCGAUUCUUACCCCUCCCCAAGGAGAUCCGAUACAUUCGGGUCGAAUCCGGGCUCGAGAAUCAUGAGCCCGGCCCGCCCUUUGCCCCCUAAACCCGACCCUUUUGGCUCUUCUCCAUCUGCUCCGUUCAGUUUGCCGGGCAAAUCGACGAAAGGCGUGGAGCUCCCGGCAUUUUCGUCCCGUAAUUAUUACAGCAGCGUAAAUGGAUUGAACAGCCCACGCUCUUCGAGUUCUUUAUCAAGAUUCUCGAAUCAAGCAGUUCAUCCUCAGCGCGCAUUGUCUCGUGAAGCGUCUUUCAGCAGUGAAGAUUCUGUCAAAUCCGAUCAAAAGGAAUCUUUCGACAACUCGAAGAAGGAGUCGGCGAAAAACGGCGAUCAGUUUCACUUCUCGAUUUAUAAAUGGGCGGGGAGAGGUGUCCCUAUGCUAAUGACGUUUGUCGGAGGCGGCGGUAACAAUUUGACGAAAAGUAAUUCGAAAUCGAAUGACAACGUUAAAUACGAACGGAGUGCGAGUUACAACGGGAGAUUGAUGGAGAACGAGUUCUUGAAAAUGGAAAACGAACCGAAAGAUUCUAUUGGAAGUGUUCGUGUUGUUGAUAUAAAAGAAGAACAAGUUGGAUCAAAGAAGAUUGAAAAACGAGUCUACACGAAUGUAGAAGACUCUCUCGAGUCCGAAGUGAAACCUCUUCGUGCAGGAAAUGUGACUAAUGUGCGUGAGAGCAAACACGUGACGAAAAACGAGGGAACAAGAACUGAUUCAAGAAACGAUUCGGGGGUGACUUCUCGGAGAAGUAAGGUCAAAGGAAAGGUGAGAGAUUUUGUUCAGAUUUUCAACCAGGAAACCGAGUCAACUCCUAAAGCCGAUGUUCAGACGAAAAGUCAAAGUUCUAGGUGGAAAAACGACGUAGGCGUUGACCAACAAAAAGAGAGUGAAGUAAUUCCGAAUGAAGCUAGAAUUAAAACGGUAGAUGAUUUGCGUAAUGUUGUAGAUAGGAAAAAAGAUGUUCCGGAUAAGGUGGAUGAAAAACCGAGCAAAAUCGAAACGGAGCAAUACUCAACUACGAAGACUCCGAUGCAUAAUAAACCCGAGAGCUCUUCUAUUAAUCAGGAGAAAGCAUUUUCAUCAGAGACGUUACACACGGAUCCGAAGAUUUCAGUGGAAAACUCGGACGAUGCUUUUGAAGUCAACUUUAUGGUUCAGGAAUUAUCGGAGGAUCACGAUAAAGUUGCAGAGAGCGAAAUUUCCGAUGACACAAAAGCUAUUGAUGCGAAAAUUCGACAAUGGUCAUCUGGGAAGAAAGGGAAUAUCCGCUCGUUGCUAUCGACUUUGCAAUACGUUCUUUGGCCGGAGAGUGGAUGGAAAUCGGUACCCCUUGUUGACCUAAUCGAAGCAAAUUCGGUAAAGAGAGCUUAUCAAAAAGCUUUGCUUCGUUUACACCCUGAUAAGCUUCAGCAGAAAGGCGCGGCUUUUCAUCAGAAAUACACUGCCGAAAAAGUUUUCGAUAUUCUGCAGGAGGCAUGGGACCAUUUCAACACUUCCUCCUCUUUGAACUUGUGAAGAAACAAGGACAAUUCCUAGUUGUGCAGAUAUGUAAAUAUCAUUUUGACAGAUAAAAAAAAAAAAUGGUAUAGAUUGGAUUUUCAUAGAGAUUAUGAGUAUAAUGAUUAUAAUCAUACUUGUUUUGUAAGAAUAUUUAUUUAUUAUUUUUUUUUUACAGAAAAGUGUUGUAAUAAAUGAAAAAAGAAAAGAGACGAGAAUCAUAUAAUAGUGUCUUUAUAGUGUACUAAGAGAAAACUUGUUGAGAAAUGAUCUCAAGUCAAAAUGUAUAAUAGCUUUUCUUGCGCAAUAUUCAAAGGCGAAAUAC